AGAGAGAGCACCCUCCUCCCCACCCCCGGGGGAGGGGGAGUCCCAGAUCUUCAGUUGGUGCUUUGACUCUGACUCGGCACGGAUGGAUUGUGGGCAGUGGUGUAAGAGCCUUGAGUCCUCCACUAUUGAGUUUAGAGGAAUCGGCCAGCCAGAUCAUGUUAAAGGUCAAGUAAAUUACGAUCGAAGAAGAAAAAGAAAAGCAAAGAAUGAAGUCUGAAAAUUGACAUAGCAGGGGUCCUGAAUAAAGAUGAAGGAGGUAAAGCCAUACUGUGUCUGAGUGUUUGCUUUGACUGACAUGGGGAUAGGGAAACGGAACAGCAAGAGAGCAACUGCCAUCAAGACAGAAACACCUGGUGAGCUAACGUCUUGCUGUCAAGAACUUAGGAAACACUCUCAAUCAAAGUUCCAGGUCUUUGAAUUUGGAAUUGGCCAUCAAGUGCAUGUUUAAGGAGGAUGAACACAGAGGAACUGGAGUUACUGGGCGAUUCCAAAUACAGAAAUUAUGUAGCUGCGGUGGAUAAAGCACUAAAAAGCUUCGAGUAUUCCAGUGAAUGGGCAGAUCUAAUAUCAGCGCUGGGUAAACUUAACAAGGUUUUACAGAACAAUGCAAAGUACCAGGUGGUCCCAAAGAAGCUAACUAUUGGCAAGCGGUUGGCCCAGUGUCUUCACCCAGCACUGCCCAGUGGUGUCCAUCGAAAAGCACUAGAAACCUAUGAGAUCAUCUUUAAAAUCAUUGGCUCUAAAAGACUGGCCAAGGAUCUUUUCUUAUACAGCUCUGGCCUUUUCCCUCUUCUUGUCAAUGCGGCUAUGUCUGUCAAACCUGUGCUGUUGAGCUUAUAUGAAGUCUAUUUCUUGCCUCUGGGUAAGACUCUGAAACCAGGACUGCAAGGACUGUUGACUGGGGUGUUGCCUGGUCUGGAAGAAGGCUCUGAGUACUACGACAGGGCAAACACAUUGCUGGAGAAAGUUGCAGCUGCAGUGGAGCAGUCUGCAUUUUACAGUGCUCUUUGGGGGAGUAUUCUGACCAGCCCUGCUGUACGGUUACCAGGGAUCACCUAUGUACUCGCUCAUCUGAAUCGGAAGCUUUCUAUGGAGGACCAACUUUAUAUUAUUGGCAGUGACAUUGAACUGAUGGUUGAAGCAGUCAGUGUUUCAGUUCAGGACUCCAGUGCUUUGGUGCAGAGGAGCACCUUGGAUCUCAUACUGUUCUGCUUCCCUUUUCAUCUGUUUCAGGCAACUCGCCCAGACAUGAUCCAGAUAUUGUCUGCAGCUCUACACGUAGUACUUCGGAGAGAUAUGUCUCUCAACCGUAGACUUUACGCCUGGCUCCUUGGUUUUGAUAACAAUGGUUGUGUCAUAGGCCCCAGAAGCACCAGACAUAGUAAUCCAGAGGAGCAUGCAAUCUACUAUUUUAAUAACUUUUCCAAGGACCUCCUGAUUCAGGCAAUGGUGGGAAUAUUACAAGGAAAAAGAUGUGGCAAGGAAGAGAAAAUGCCAUUACAUGAUCUGAAACCGUUCCGUAUUCUCAUUAGUCUGCUCGACAAGCCAGAAUUAGGGCCAGCAAUUUUGGAGGAUGUACUUAUAGAAGUUUUCAGGGCAUUGCAUUCACAGUGCAAAGCAGAAUUGAAUCUGAAAACACAACCUUCUUACUGUAAAGAUGAUACUCAGUUAAGCAGUAAGAUGAGAGAAAAUAAGAAGACUUCAGAGCUGAUUAAAACUGCAAAUCUCCUCUUCAAUUCUUUUGAACCAUAUUAUAUGUGGGACUAUAUAGCUCGUUGGUUUGAAGAAUGUUGUAGGAUAACACUGAAUACAAGAUUGCAGGCCUCAUCUCAUGGCAAGGAAAUGUCAGAAUAUUGUCUGCCUGAAUUCUGUCUCUUAGUUGACUUUCUAUUGGACAUUGUGUCAUUGCCAACUCGAAGUAUGAGAGUACUAUGCCAGGAGACCUACAUUGAGAUUCAAACUGAACAUUUACCCCAGUUGCUACUGCGAAUGAUAUCUGGCCUGACAAGCCACUUGCCAGCUUUAUGCCUGUCUGAACUCACUGAUUGCUUAAAGCUGUGUUCAAAGAUACUUAGUAAAGUGCAGCCACCCUUGCUAUCACCUGGGGCAGAGUGUAAAUUGCAAUUUCCAGGAAGCACCAGCUUUGUCCAACAGAAAGAAGUUCAAAAGAUUUCAUCAUCCAAUCUUGGGACUUCUGGUGAUGUGUUUGAAGAUGGUGAAAAUCCUCCUAGCAGUCAGUCAUCUGAAAGUGGUUUUACAGAGUUUGUGCAGUAUCAGGCCGACAAGAAUGAUGACAUUGACAAAGUACUAGGUGAGAGUCAGGAUUCUGGGUUAUUGCCACAGGGCAGUGCUGCCUCAGAAACGGAAACUGCUUCCACCAUUGGGUCUGAAGACACAAUGAUACCAUCAUCAAGAUCCCAAGAGGCUAAAGUGGCUGUGUCUGUGGGUACUUCUCAAAAGACAACAAUGCAGUAUUGUCUGGAGUACUUUGAGCAGUUUUUGACCCAGUUUAUUACUCUUUAUAUUAUUCCCAAUGAAAUUAUUUGCCGGGCAUUUGCAACAGGAUUUCAGAUGGAUUUGUGCAAAGACAGAUGCCAGACUAGUGGCAGUGACCUUGGUGACCAAGGUGAUGCAACAUUUCAAACAACAGAGCAACAACAGAAUUCAAAAGACUAUCAUCAUGCAUUCACUGCUGCAUGCCAGCUUUUCUUUGAAUGUUCCAGUUUUCCUGUUUACAUUGCAGAAGGAAGUCUAGCAUCUUCAGCCCAUAGCAAUAAAUCAGAAACCGAUUUUGAUCAGGUAAAGCCACCAGUCUGGCUCCAGACCCUCAUGACUGCCUGCUGUUUUGCCAGUGAUUUCAGCAUUCAGAGUAUUGCCAUUUCAUUGAUACUUGACUUAGUUGGUCUAACUCAGUCGGUCGCUGCUGUUAGUGGAGAAAACCUGAAAAACCUUGAGUCUGCACAGCCCAGAAGUCCAAACCAGGGAACAGUAGCCGUUGUCAUCAUGCCACCAGUUACACAAGAAAAUCUCACGUAUAUCACUCAAAAAACCGAAUUUUUCAAGCAAGUGGCGGUGAUACUUUGGAAUCAGCUUGGGGAUAAAACCCCACAAUAUUAUCAGAGAGGUGUCGAACUGUUUUAUCAACUGCAUAAUCUCGUCCCAUCUUCUAGCAUUUGCGAAGAUGUAAUUAGUCAGCAACUCUUACAUAAAGACAAGAAAAUACGUACGGAAGCACACGUCAAUUUUUCAGUACUUUGGCACAUUACACGAGACCUACUUAUCAACAAGUCUUCCUCCUUUAAUCGUACUUUUGACAGGUCUCUGUUAAUAAUGCUCGAUAGCCUGAGUAGCAUGGAUGGCUCCAUUUGUUCAGUGGCUCAGUCCUGGCUGAACCAAUGUAUUCAGAGACAUGACAUUGCAAGGAUCCUUGAGCCAUUGCUUCUGUUGCUACUCCACCCAAAAACUCAGCGUAUUUCUGUUCAACGAAUGCAAAUUGAGAGGCACAUAAGUAAAUCCAAGAAUACACCUGUUGAAGAAGAUACGAUUGCUUACAUGCAAGGGAUUAAUGGUACAGAUGUUUUUGGACACCUAUCCUUUGACCCUGGAAAACACCCAGCUUCUAAAGAAACGAUUAACAAACAUUUAGGUGCAGAAGAAAUGGAGAACUUCAGCUUUACGGUGAAUCCUCUGAGUGACAGGUUGUCAAUGCUGAGCACAAGUAGUGAAACAUUACCAUUUGGAGUGUCAGACUUCGAUCUACAGGAGCAACAGGCAGAAAUCCUUCAUAGUUCUGAAUCUGGCUGUUCCCAGUCCUCAACAGGAGACAACAGCAGUUAUGAGGCAGAACCAUUGAGUAUGGGAAGUGCUAAAACCAACAGAAAUGCACAAAUUUGGUCAGAAUGUUCAGUGGAUGUUAUUGUGCAAGAAGUAGUUUCACAUUUGAUCAACAAUGUUGUAAAUGGAUUAAAUAGCGAGUUUGAAUCUCCAGAGCCUCAGGCUUCAGCUCAGACUGAAGCUAGUAUGUUGGGAUCAAGUGAAAACUUGCAACCAGCUGAGUGUUCUUUUCAAAAUGAGGCUAAAAGCCUGAGUAUUAAAAGUUCCUUGAAUGGAACUAUUAAGUGUAACAGUUCUGAAAGUAUGUCUGCUUCAACUGAUGCUGAUGUUGGGACCAUUUUUGGAAGCCUAAGUAGACCCAAAUCCUCACUAACUAUUUCAGUACCUGAAGAUCCUUUGUCUCAAUACAGUCUCUCUACAGAAGAGAUGCAAUUGAUAAAGAUGAACCCGCUUGGUAACCAUUUAGGACAAAUUGGCAAAGUGAUAAUGAAACCAUUUAAUAGAGAGCUUGACAUCAAAGAUCUUCCUAUACCACCUGGAGCAAAACCCAAAAUAAAAAUAAGCAAAAAGAAGGAAGAUGACAAAAAGAAGGCACAGAAUGAGAAAAUGAAGCCACCUAAUGUGUCCUUUGGAGAUAACAUGGACCUGGAGAACUGGUACAGCUGUGGUGAAGGCGAGAUUUCUGAAAUUGAGAGUGAUAUUGGAUCUCCAGGAAUCUGGAAAACUUCAAAAUUUCAUAUUCAUCCUUUAUAUCAGCAUGUUUUACUCUAUCUUCAAGUGUGUGAUUCCACAAGGGCUUUACAUGCUCUGUCUGCUGUUGAAUCUAUCUUGAAAACAAAUCCAAUAGGAUUUGUGAGUGCCAUUUCCACCACGAGUGUAAAUAAUACCUAUACUCCACAGCUUUCUCUACUGCAGAAUCUUAUGGCCAGGCACCGAAUUUCUGUCAUGGGUAGGGACUUCUAUAGUCACAUUCCACUCGAUUCCAGCCAUGCUUUUCGUAGCUCAAUGUACAUAGAGAUCAUUAUCUCUCUCUCUUUGUACUUUAUGAGAAGCUACUACCCCGCCCAUGUAAAAGUGACUCAACAGGAUCUUUCUGGAAACCGAAAUUUGCAAAUUGUGAGUAUCCGAAUCCUAACCUUACUUUUUACUGAGCUGGCAAAAGUGACUGAAAGUUCAGCCAAAGGCUUUGCUAGCUUUAUCUCUGAUAUGCUGCUGAAGUGCAAAGUUCAGAAGGUAGUCCUCCACUGCUUACUUUCUUCUGUCUUCAGUGCUCAGAAGUGGCACUAUCUGAGAACUGCUGGGAAAAAUGUAAUGACCAUUGAAGAAGGCUUAUCUGAGGACAGUAUCAUCAACUUUUCAGAGGAUGAAAUUGACAAUUGCAGCACAUUGCAGACUCAGCUAUUAAAGCUGGUACAGCGACUGAUUGUCCUGGAGCAUAAAGUGAUGUUUACAUCUGAAGAUAAUGAGACAGGAUAUGAGUUUGUCACCUCUGAUAUAGAGAAUAGUAAUGCACAACAGUCAUUGACCUCUUUACAAUAUUUGCACUCUCAACCAAUUACUUCUCAGGGAAUGUUCAUGUCUGCUGUACUUAAGGCAUUCAAUCAACCCUUUUCCUGUAAAAUGAAUGCUCAGUGGAUUGGACUGAUAACAUCAACUCUCCCGUAUAUGGGGAAAGUGCUUCGGAGGAUGGUAACAGCUGUGACAUUGCAACUUUGUCGAAAUUUGGACAAUCUAAUCCAUCAAUAUAAAUAUGAGUCCGGAAUGUCAAAUAAUAGGCCCACAUGGAUGGCAGUGAGUGUUGCCCCAGACAUGAUUCUCACUCUCCUCGAAGGGAUGACUACAAUUAUUCACUACUGUUUGUUAGACCCUUCCAUACAGUAUCACCAGCUCAUGGUUUCUGUGGAUCAGAAGUAUUUGUCGGAAGCACGAAAUGGAAUUCUUUUUAUAUUGUCAACCAUUGUAUCUUCUGUGAGCCUGCUGUGGGGGAUUUUACAGGUUGUGGACUCAACUGAGAAAACCAUUGCUGCCUCUGCUGUAACUAUCAACCUGGGUUCCACAAAGAGCCUCCGGCAACAGAUUUUAGAGCUCUUAGGACCCAUCUCAAUGAAUCAUGGUGUACACUUCAUGGCAGCUAUUGCUUAUGUUUGGAAUGAGAGGAAAGAGAAUGCAAGCACCAUCAGAAACAAAGUUAUUCCUGUACCCUGUCCUGAGCAGUUGUUGUUGGUGGAACUAGUGCGCUCCAUUAGCGUAAUGAGGGUUGAAACUGUUAUACAGACAGUGAAAGAAGUGUUAAAACAGCCUCCACCUUCAACCAAGGAAAAGAAGCAAGUUCCAGAAGAAGUUUGUAUGUUGCAGUUUUUCUAUGCGUAUAUCCAAAGGAUUUCAGUGCAGAAUUUAGUAGACAGCUGGCCAUCCCUUUUAACAUUGCUGAAAGAUUCUGUUCAACUUUAUCUACCACCACCAGGGCAAUUUCUUAUCCUUGGAGUACUUAACGAAUUUAUCAUGAAAAAUCCCAAUCUGGAAAACAAAAAGGACCAAAGAGACCUACAGGAUAUCACCCAUAAGAUAGUGGAGGCCAUUGGAAACAUUGCAGGGUCUUCUUUGGAGCAGACCACCUGGCUAAGGAGGAAUCUCGAAGUAAAAGCUUCUCCACAAAUCCUAUUGGAAGGAAACAACUUGGAAAGAGAUGUUGAAGAUAUUAUGUUGACCCCGGUGAUGGAGACGUCCAGUAUCACACCUUCUGUAUACAGUGUGCAUGCACUGACCUUACUGGCUGAGGUUUUAGCUCACCUUUUCGACAUGGUAUUUCACAGUGAAGAAAAGGAAAAAGUUAUCCCAUUACUUGUUAACAUUAUGUACUAUGUUGUUCCCUAUCUACGCAAUCACAGUGCUCACAAUGCCCCAAGUUACCGAGCAUGUGUCCAAUUGGUAAGCAGUCUGAGUGGCUACCAGUAUACAAGGCGAGCUUGGAAAAAAGAAGCAUUUGAUCUGUUUAUGGACCCUAACUUCUUCCAUAUGGAUGCGUCAUGCGUUAGUCAUUGGAGGGCCAUCAUAGAUCACCUUAUGACCCAUGACAAAACCACAUUCAGGGAUCUCAUGGCUCGAGUUGCCGUGGCACAAAGCAGUUCACUCAAUUUGUUUGCAAGUCGUGAGGCGGAAUUGGAACAGCGAGCAAUGCUCCUAAAGAGGUUGGCCUUUGCUAUUUUUAGCAGUGAAGUGGAUCAAUACCAGAAGUAUCUACCAGACAUACAAGAGCGCCUGGUGGAAAGUCUGCGUCUACCACAAGUCCCCACACUCCAUGCCCAGGUGUUCCUAUUUUUCCGGGUAUUGCUGUUACGGAUGUCUCCACGCCAUCUCACCUCACUGUGGCCUACUAUGAUCACAGAACUGGUGCAAGUAUUUUUGCUGAUUGAACAAGAACUGACAGCAGAUGAAGACAUUUCAAGAACUGCUGGACCAUCAGUGUCGGGCUUGGAAACCACCUACAUGGGAGGUAAUGGGGUCUCCACAUCUUACAACAAUCAGCGGUGGCUUGGCCUAUACCUGUCUGCAUGCAAAUUCCUGGAUUUGGCUUUGAACUUGCCCUCUGAAAACCUUCCCCAAUUUCAGAUGUAUCGUUGGGCUUUCAUUCCAGAAAUAUCUGAUGAUUCAGGUUUGGAAGUUCGCAGGCAGGGGACACAUCAACGAGAAUUCAAACCUUAUGUUGUUCGAUUAGCCAAACUGCUGAGGAAAAGAACAAAGAAAAAUCUGGAAGAUGACAACUCGGUGAAGACACUAGCAUGGGAGCCUGGUCAUCUGCUGCUGACCUUUUACUCUGUUCGUAGCAUUGAGCAGUUGCUUCCCUUUUUCAAUGUGCUCAGUCAGUUUUUUUCCAACAAAAUCUCAAGUAGAUUUACUGGAUCCUCAGGGAGUCCAAUCCCGUGGACAAACUCAUUCUCAGUCAAAGACCUUAAACCUGACAACCAGAAAACAUUCUGGAGCAAAGGCAGACAAAUAAUAGAGGAAGUGCUUGAGAGAGAUUUCCUUGAAGGUGUUAUAAAAACAUAACACUGGAGGUAGUGUAAUCACUCAAAGCAAAUAUUCUGCAAUGUGUACAUUUGUUUGUAUUUGAACAAGGAACAAAUUUCAACAAUGUAAUCAUAUUAAAUUUUAUUUGUACAGAUUGUGUUCUGAUUACUGAAUUAUGAAUUUGAUUUUGUCCAAGUAUGUUGACUCAUUAAUUAUGGUGCCCAAAAUAUAAAUUACUGUAUUAUUCCAUUUGGUUCCAAAUAAUUGCACUCAUGCUCAAUUCUACAGGUGAUGACCCAUUAUUAAAAGUACAUGUACCUUUUAA